GUUGGAGGCCCGUGGCGACGCGAGCCGCGCUCUUCAUGUCGCCUCCAGAAUAGACGACCUACAAGUUGUCCAUAUGUUGUUGUACAGGCAUUGCGACAAAAUAACAACUCAGGCUUAUCGUGCAAGCCUGGUAGCUGCAUCGACCUGCCAUAAUGCUAAAAUCUUGUGGAGGCUGCUGAGGGUUGAGAAGCUCGGCUUCUUUGACUGGGGCUGGGCACUGGCUGUGCUGGCUUCUCUGGCGGGUACAUGGAAGCGCCUUCGUCGCUCUGCCAUUUUUGCGGCUGUGUUCGGUUUGUCGUGCCUUGCGUCCCGUAAAUCUCCGGGUGAAGGAGAUGGCGUCACAGACUGGGUUCUGACAUUCUGCCUCCUUGUGAGUCUUACCACUUUGGUGGUUUGGGCCAUUCCCCUCAAGAUCCUGCUUUUGCUGCUGUGGGGCCAGACAGGCCAGAAGGUAGUCUUGCGCAACUUCAGCUAUCGCUGGAGACGUCGCGUGGAGUUAACCACCGUUCGCCUUUUUCUGUGGGACUUUCUGUGUCGACGAGGCAGGCUAGGUAGGCGGAGUCGAUUUCCUGUGAACAUUCCUAUAGAACUGAGGCCUGUGGUUUGA